UUUUCGCAGACUGUCGCGAAUUUCGUCUCACUGUGUGUCGUACGUUUCAUUGAAAAAAGUUAUGUUUUAGUUGGUCGUGGGAGAUAGCCGAUUGAACUCUGCGGGCGCUCUUUGUGGCUUCUCGUCGAGACGUCGGGAAGAGGUGCACGUCGACCUCUUCUUUCACGAGUGUCCAUCGUCGCAACGAGCGUGCGCGCGCGUUCAGGGUCACGGCCGCAGUGACCAUGGCUGCUGCUACCUCCGAUACCGCCGCCGCCGAUCAGCCGCUGCUUACCGACCGCAUGGUCGAGGAAGAGCAGAAGCUCCUCGAACAGGGCACAAAGGAAGAAGAGCAGCGCACGCUGAAUCGGCAGGAGCAGCAGGCGGCCGAUCGCGAGGCAUGCCUCGAGCGGCUCAAGAAGCUGCUUCGUGCCACCAACAUUUACUCACAGUUUCUCGUCAGUCGCAUCGAGAAGCAGAACGCCCAGAGGGCUGCUCAACAGCAGCAGCGGCCUAGCAAGAAGGUGCCAGAGGGACCCAAGGAACAGCAGCCAAGCCGGGCCUCCUCCAGUAGGUCCUCGCGGAAGGCAGCGGCGGAGAGUAGUGCCGAGCCCUCCAAGGCGCCAAGUGGCAAGAGGAAGGCCUCGCCCAACUCUCAGGAAACUAAGGCCAAGUUGACUCGGCUGGACCCUGCAACUGCCUCGCCACCGUCCUCUCAGGAAGGGUCUCCUGCCCGCCCGUCAAGCGGCCCCCACAACUCAGACUGCACUUCGGGCCAGCCAUCUCUGUUCACAGGGGGCGUAAUGAGGUCGUACCAGAUUGAAGGCUACCAGUGGCUCAAGGUCCUGUACGAGAACGGCGUCAAUGGCAUCUUGGCGGACGAAAUGGGUCUAGGCAAGACGGUUCAGGUGAUCGCCCUGAUCGCCUCGCUCGUUGAGAGCGGGCUGCCAGGCCCUUACCUCGUGGUGGCGCCACUGUCCACCCUGCCCAACUGGCUGAACGAGCUGCAGCGCUUCACUCCAUCGCUCUCGGUGGUCCUCUACCACGGACCGCGAGAGGAGAGACACGCACUCACGCCGCAUAAGCUUCGCCAGACGGCGGUAGUGGUGACCUCAUACGAGGUGGCCAUGCGCGAUCGUGCCCGACUGGCCCCCGUUGACUGGCUCCUGCUGGUGGUGGACGAGGCGCACCGGCUCAAGAACUUCCGGUGCCGGCUAGUGCGCGAGCUGAGCCAGUACCGGGCCUCCAACCGGCUCCUGUUGACGGGCACCCCCUUGCAGAACAGCCUCACCGAGCUGUGGGCCCUGCUGCACUUCCUCAUCCCCGAGAUCUUCCAUGACCUGCAGGCGUUUGAGUCUUGGUUUGACCUCGGCGAGUUGUCGGGUGCUAAUGACGAGGCGGCGCGGUUUGUCCAGCGUGAGGAGUCGGACCACAUUGUGUCGACCAUGCAGGAGAUCCUGAGGCCUUUCCUGCUGCGACGUACCAAGGACGACGUCAUCCUCGAGCUGCCGCGCAAGACCGAGCUGCUGGUGUAUGCGCAGCUGAGCCCUGUUCAGGACAAGCUCUACAAGAUCUGCAUGGACCGUGCGUUUGAGACCGCCGCCGAAAACAAGGAUGACUCUGGCAUAGAAGUGGAGAACCUGGGUAGGGGCCGACGCAGCUCUUCCAAGAAACCAGUCAAGUACACCAUUCCUGGUGAGAACGACAUCUUCGCCCCCGACAGUGACGACGACGAGAACUCUCGCGACAGCGGCAUCAGUUCAGCGUCGUCGAAAGACGAGGUCCGCGACCCGUACGAGCAGCUCCGUCGGAGCAAGAACCCGCUGAUGGACCUGCGUAAAGUGUGCAACCACCCGUACCUCUUCCGUGGGCUGUGUGACGAGGAUGACGGCACCAACGGCGAGCACCUGGUGCAGGCCUGCGGCAAGCUGCGACUUCUCGACUGCAUGCUCAAGGAGCUUAAACACCGAGGCCACAAGGUGCUGAUUUUUUCUCAAAUGUGCCGGGUGCUGGACAUUCUGGAGGACUACUGCUUGAUGCGGAAGUUCAAGUACUGCCGCCUCGACGGUUCUACAAGCGUGGAGAACAGGCAGCAGCGGAUGAACCUGUUCAACCAUGACCCCGAUUACUUUGUAUUCCUGCUGUCUACGCGGGCGGGUGGUCUAGGCAUCAACCUGACCGGUGCAGACACGGUGGUGCUGUACGACUCGGACUGGAAUCCCCAGUGCGACCUGCAGGCCAUGGACCGCUGCCACCGGAUCGGCCAGACCCGGCCGGUCAUAGUCUACCGUCUAGUCACGCGCGGCACGGUCGAGCAGCGCAUACUCGAGAUGGCUGGGGCCAAGCGGCGUCUCGAGAAGCUCAUCAUGCAGAAAGGCAAGUUUUCAAAGGUGGGCAAGGACGCCUCGAAAUGUGGCACCCUCUCCCCUCAAGAGCUUCUGGACCUGCUCCACUCCACGGACCACUCGGCAGUCAUUGAUGCCGGCUCCAGCGUGCUCUCGAAGGCAGAGCUAGACGCCUUGCUCGACCGAACUCGUCUCGCCGCAAACCAAGGCGGCGAGCCAAAUCGGUUGUUCGAGGUGGUUGUGAAAGCCACUGAGGCCAUCGACAACCUCGGCUAAGCAUCCAACGAAGAGACCAAAUUCAUCAAACGUUCAUUUCAUUGCAGCUAAAGCACUCAUUCAGCAGUAUUAUUUAUAUUCAUGUAAAUACGUGCUUGAGGUCACACUGUUUACAUUUUACUACCAAAUUUAGCCUGUUGUCCUAGUUUUUAUCUUGGGCAAGCCUGCUCAUACUGUGAUAAGAUAAUAAAGCUUAUUCUUCUUACAGUG